UGUAAACUACACAUCUAUCUAGUGUUAUGAUAUAGCGCGCUGCUCGGCGACUCCAUGUCUCCAUCUCGCCACUGCCGCUCGCAGAGUAGCAUUCGCCCCGCGCGUUGCACGAGCAGGAGGGAGCAGAAGCGAAGAGAGGAGAGCGAGGCUUUGCGAGAAGGUUUUGAUCGGAUCGGUCGGGGAAUAUUUUUCCGGGAUCGUGCGACGCAAUGGCUGCUGGUGGCCGAAGGGCCGACGACGACCGGAGGAUCGCGGUGGCGAUGGACUACUCGGCGAGCAGCAAGAGGGCGCUGGACUGGGCCAUCGCCAACCUGCUCCGCCGGGGUGACACCGUCGUCGUCGUCCACGUCCUGCACCACGGCGGGGAGGAGGCCAAGCACGCCCUGUGGGGCAAGUCCGGAUCCCCGCUGAUCCCUCUCUCCGAGUUCCGGGAUCCGACGGCGAUGCAGCAGUACGGCAUUCACUGCGACGCCGAGGUGCUCGACAUGCUCGACACCGCGGCGCGCCAGUUUGAGCUGACGGUAGUGGCGAAGCUGUACUGGGGCGACGCCAGGGAGAAGCUCUGCGACGCCGUGGAGGAGCAGAAGAUCGACACGCUCGUCAUGGGCAGCCGCGGCCUUGGCUCAAUUCAGAGGAUUCUUUUGGGGAGUGUGACAAACUACGUGCUGUCAAACGCAUCAUGCCCUGUGACAGUCGUCAAGGGGAAGUGAUUGAUGACUCGACUCGAGAGGAUAUAAGUUAUGUACUGCGUUGUUACUGUAUCUGAAUAAAGUGUGUAUGGAUCUUCUUUUGUGUCUGUAAUGUUUUAGCCUGCCCAGGUUCUUCUAGACAGUCGACCUAACAUACAACCCAUACUGACGCGCUCAGGUCCUCAGCCAUGUGAACCAUUUUAUAUUUACACCAAAUUUAAUGUUAAAAAAAUAUUUAGACCAAAUAUGAGGUUUCAUUUUCAUAUGACCGUGCGUAUGCU